AUGCCACUAUACUCAAACUACGAGAACGGCAAAUACCACGACGGAGUUUGGAGGUGUGGCUGUGACCAGAGGGCCAUCCCGUUUGAAUCGAGCCAGCCGAACAGCAAGGGCGAGAAAUUCUUGAGAUGUUCACAGCCUCGUGGGCAGCAAUGCAGGUUCUUCCUUACUGAAGUGGACGACACCGAGAGGAUCAGGCGGGCAAAGACAUUGAACGUGAUACUCACCCCUGAGACGCUCACCAGCCCGCGGUCAACCGACCCGCGGUCAAACAGCUCGCAGUCAACCAGCUCACAAUCCUCCACCAUCCCCGCGACUCUCCCAACGCCCGACACGGGAAAAACAACCCUCAAGCGGCGCCUCUUCACAAGCAGUGGCAGCAGCACCAGCGGCGACGACAGCAACGGCUCUUCGUCCCGAAAACGCCGCCGCCUCCUCUCCCUCCACGACGACUCCGAACACAGCCCCUCGCCGUCAUCACGCCAGGUCAGGCAGCGAACUGAUCACCACGACAAAAACGACUUGCCAACGCUCGUCUUUGAGCUGCUGCAGAGCGACGGGCUCGCGCUCAGGAGCUCGACCAAGUCUGCGAUCCGGCACGUCAUCCUCGAGCGGGAAGCGGCGAGCAAGGCGAGACUACACGCAAAGGAGAGCCUGGAGAUGGCGCUGGAGAAGAUUGACGAGCUGGAGGGGCACGACGACUCGGCGUCUUCUGAUGACGCAUAG